UUUAAACUAAAGUAAAAGUUCAGCCUACCAGUACUCGAACAGCAGGACUAACUUGAGUUCAUCUAAACUCAAUAUUAAAAAAUACUAAGUUGAAGUUAAGACAGGAUUGGGCAUGUUCAGCUAAUCACAUGAAAUGGAUGAAAAAGUAAGCCCUAUCCAAAAUGAAGAAUCAAGCUUCAUCUGUAAGUUCAGCCAUAGAUCUAAAAAUCUGAAAAUAAUUCAAGGUAUGGAGAAAAGUGUAAAGUCUAGUUUAAACAACAACACUAUAGAGCUUCCAGAAUAUAUUGUGGAUCCAAGCACAAAAACUACAUACUUGAAAGGAAAAUUCCUUGGAAAGGGAGGGUUUGCUCAUGUUCAUAAGAUGACUGAUUUGACUACAAAUAAACUUUAUGCUGGAAAGAUAAUUCCAAAAGCCAGGCUUACAAAGACUCAUCAAAGAGAAAAGAUUCUCAGAGAAGUUGAAGUUCACAAAUUGUUAGAGCAUAAAAAUGUUGUUGGUUUUAUCUGUUGCUUUGAAGAUAAGGAGAACAUUUACAUCAUUCUUGAAAAUUGUCCAAGAAAGUCCCUAGUUCAUGUUUUAAAGAAUAGGAAGGUAUUGACUGAACCAGAAGUUAGAUACUACAUUCAUCAAUUGGCUGAAGGAGUUGAGUACAUUCAUAGUCAUGGAGUUAUCCAUAGAGAUUUGAAGUUAGGAAACAUGUUUUUGAGUGAAAACAUGGAAGUGAAAAUUGGAGACUUUGGACUAGCUAGUCAUAUAGAAAGAGCAGGUUUUAGGAAAAUAACUGUGUGUGGAACACCCAAUUACAUUGCUCCUGAAGUUCUCAGCAUGGAGGGGCAUGGUAAGGAAUCAGAUGUCUGGGCAAUGGGCUGUAUUAUGUAUGCUAUGUUGGUGGGUCAUCCUCCAUUUGAGACUACAACACUGAAUGAAACAUACUCACGUAUUAGCAACAAUUCCUAUUGUAUGCCUAUGAACAUAUCUGAAAGUGCCCGUAAUUUGAUCUUUAGCAUGCUGAAAAAUAAACCUGAAGACAGACCUGUAGUUAGUGUAAUUCUUCAAGAUCAAUUCUUUCAUUCUGGUUACAUGCCCAAAUCCCUUCCUCCAUCCUGUUGCUCAAGUCCUCCUAAGUUUCCAACAAUGUGCUUGUUCCCCAGGUUUUGCCUAGAAGAGUGUGAUAGUUUUAACCAAGAUCUCAAGGAAAUUACACACACAGUGUCAACAUUACGGGUACAUGCUCAUUCAAAAGCUGGAAAUGAAAAGCAAUUAACAAAAGGUGUCCAGUCAUCAAAAACAGAACAUCCCAAAAAAGAUGGUUUGACAUCCAGCUUCAAGUCCACACUAGCAAGCUUCCUGUGUUCUGAAAAAACUAUAAAGAAGAAAGUAUGUACAUCAGCAUAUCUAUAUAAUAUUCUUUUGUCUUGUCUGGAAAAUAUGCCUAAAGAAGAAACUGGAGCCAACCUUCCCUGUAUGACUGGAAGCACAAUAUUAUUUAUCACGAAAUGGAUUGAUUACUCUAAUAAGUAUGGGUUUGGUUUCCAACUGUCAGAUAACAGUGUGGGAGUUUUGUUCAAUGACACAACAAAGAUUGGUCUCUCUGCUGAUAAAUUGAGAGUGGAGUAUUAUGAUCUGGCUAACAAGUUGAAAACCUACUGUUCAUCAAAUGUACCAUCCAUCCUUCAGGAAAAAUACACCUUAUUGAAAUACUUUAGUCAAUAUAUGGAAGAAAAUUUGACUGAGGUAAACUGCAGAGAAUGGAGAUGUCUGAGCAUACAAGGUGGAGAAGUGAAGCACCUUGGACUAUGCAAAACAAAAAGAAGUAUUCCAUAUAUGAAACGUUGGAUCAGAACCUCAAGAGCUAUAAUUAUGCAGUUAAAUUGUGGCACACUUCAGAUGAAUUUUUUCAUGGAUCAUACAAAACUUAUUGUCAGUGGAGGAAAACACCAUGGCAAGUUGACUUACAUCAAUGAACUGAGGCAUACUUUUACAUUUUCCAUUGAAGACAUUUCAUGCUAUGGGUGUAAGUCGGAUAUCAUUUGUCGUAUCCAGUAUGCUCUCUCAGUUUUACGAGAGUUUGCUGAACUAGAACAAGAUGACUUUUAACCUAACUAACUGUGAUGUUUUACUGUGAUUAUUCGUGUGUAUGUGAUCAAUGACCUGUUGAUUACCAGUUCAAGCCUAUGAUCUCUUAAUAUUCAGGUUUAAAAAUCCUUUUUUUUUUAGUGCAUAUUGUGAUAUUCAAGUAUUUCUAUGUGAGAAAUUAGCCUAAUCGAAAGUAGUUCAGCAGUUAAAAACCAUUUUGUGUUUCAAGUUGUCUAACUUUUUUGUGUUUGGUUUGCCUUGUGAUGCAUCCACUGUGCAAUAAUUUAAUGUAAAUAUUUGGUGUUGCUAGCUUUUAAAAGUGUCUUACUUGUUGUUCAAAAUAUAAAACAAUUUGCAGAAGGUUUAAUUUGUUUCUUACAUCUGUAGAUUAUUUUUGAUGUCAUUUUGUUAAAUAUACUAGGAAUUAGGCAACUGAAAGCAUACUUUUGUUUAUUUCUAUGCAUUGUUUGAGUUAAUAACAUUCGUUUUAAGGUUACAGAUUGAUUAGGAAUGUUUGAAAGUUCAAUAAUUUGUAUUUGUGUGCAUAUAUGCACUUCGAUUCUUCUAAGAUUAUAAGUUGUAAUAUAUUCAAAAUCAGAGUUAUAAUUCACUUUAGAGUAUUAAAAACAUUGAAAAACUUGUUUAGAUUAUAAGUGCUGAAACUUGUAGGCUAGUUUGUGUAUGUAAAUAUAUAAUUUGACAUAUUGGGAAAUUGUUUUAACACAGUUAUAGGUCUGUCACUUAAUGAACAGGCAUCUAAUGGCCACUUGCUGAUCACAUUCAGCUAUAAAAUUUUAUUAGCCUUAGCAAUGUCAAUAAUGCUGUUUUUUUUUGCAAAUCUCUUACUUUAUUAUGAAAAAAAUAUAUUAUUCUGUGACUGCUUGUUAACUGUGCACAAGAGUUCAUAAAAAAACAAAUAAAUCAUUUUUUUCACAGUUUGUAAUCACCAGAAUAUGUGAAUUAAAUACUGUCUCUAAACAACUGUAUUGAGAAAGUGAUAUUAUGUAGAGAUGGUUGUUCUUGAUAAGAAAGGUGAGAAAUACUGAAUAUGUGAAAUAAUUUCUAUCAAACUUUCUUUCAGCUCAGAUUUUUUGUAAAUUUUUUUUAAUGUAGCUAAUUUAGAGCAAAAAAAAAGUUAUCAACAUUAUUGCAUAACUACAGUAUAUGAUAUAUGGAAAUAAAAUAUCAAGAAACAUUUCUCUAAAGGUAAAAGAAAAAUUGCAAAAUACUGUCUAAUGUAAGAUGUUUCAAUGAAAACACUCGAGUUAGUUUUUAAUAAUAAAGCAUCAUGCCUUAAAAUAUUUUUAUAGAAAAACAACAGCUUGACAUAUUUCAGUUAAACUAAAGUAUUUCUUUAUGCGCCUGGAGCUGUUGUCAAACAUGCAAGUUUUUCUUAUCUUUGAAUGCCAAAGUAUGACUAAAUGUUAAGAUUAUGGUUUUCAUUUGGUAUAUGUGCUCAUGCUUAGUGUUGGAUAAUAUAAGUUUAACUAGGUAUUUUUAUUUGUUUCAUUGAAAUUAUUAUAGUGUUACAUUAAAUAUAAAAUAAAGCUGCAUAAAAGAAAUAAUUUCAUUUUUUAAUAUGACCAUAAAAUUGUUGAACCAAGAUUCUGUUUUAGCUUCACAAUAUUAUUCAUGGAUUUGUUUCUCUUAAAUCUUCAAUUUGUUUUGCAUCUAGAAUUUCACACUAAAAUAAUAAUAAUGGAUAGUGAAAUUGGAAUUUUGUUAAUUCUGAAGAUAAUUUGAAGUACCUUAUACGACCUUAGUAUUUUGGAAAUUUCACAGUUUGAAACACCAGUAUCUUAUUCAUUAGGUAAACUAAAAUUCAAAGUAAACUGAAUGUUGGGCAAACACCAUUAGGGGAAGUAUCGCAGAGAAAAAAAUCUGGCAACAUCAAAUAUUUUCUUACAGUAUGUGUAAAAAAAGACGAAUUGCAUGCCACUUGAAUAAUCAUUUUUGUGUAUGGUUUUGCACUGGUUAUGCAAAAAAUACAUAUAAAAAAUUAAUGAUUUCAUUAAAAAAACUAAAGAAUGGGUUCAAUUUAUUUUGUGUAAACUACAAAAGUCUACAAGCUUGCAUGGUACUAUUAUGUUUGUACAAAAUAGGGAAUAUUAAAGGUUCUGAAAAAGUAGUAAUUAUACUGGUAUGAACAUAAUGAAAACAAUUUUUUUAAUUCUCUAAAUCUUAGAACUGCCACUAAAAGUUACUAUUUUUCUCAAUUCAAAUAUAUAU